AUGGAAUCAUCGAGAAAGGGAAACAUAGUGAUUUUCCCAUUCAUGGCUCAAGGCCACAUCAUCCCCUUCCUCGCAUUGGCCCUCAAGCUCGAGCAAGAAAGAGGCUUUGCGAUAAGCUUUGUGAACACCACCCAAAACAUCAACAAGCUCCGGUCGUCUCUCCCGCCUCGCUCCGCCAUUCGCCUCCUCGAAAUCCCUUUCGACGCGGCGGCGGAACACUACGGCCUGCCGCCGGGCUCCGAGAACAUGGAAUCCCUCCCCGUCCACCUCCCCUUCCGCUUCAUCCAAUCGUCGCCGUCUCUAAAGCCCGCGUUCAAACGACUCCUAACUAGUCUAGUCGACGAUUGGAUGAAGUGGAAUAUAAUCAUGCUGAAAGUUGCAAGGACCAACUUGUCUCAUACUGCUCUUGCAUUAAAAUUUGAUUCAUCUUGGAUUCUUGAUUCUGGAGCCACUGAUCACAUUUCUGGUAAUCUCUCAUUUUUCUCUAAUAUUGAGUUCUCAUAUUCUCUUCCCGAUGUCACAUUUGGUGAUGGAUCAAAAGGAAAAGCUAUAGGAAUUGGAAAAGUCACCAUUCAUUCUUUGUCUUUAUCCAAUGUCCUUUACAUUCCUGGUUGCCAUUUCAAUUUGAUUUCAGUUAAUCAACUUACUCACUCACUUAAUUGCCUUGUCACAUUUUCUUCUGAUUCGAUGAUUAUUCAGAACCGUCAAACAAAAGGGACAAUUGGUGUAGGAUAUGAAUCAUGA